AUGGUAUCUGAAGAUCAGAUCAAGCAAUGGAAGUCUAGCAAGACCAUCGGGAUCAUUGGUCUUGGUGAUAUGGGAUUACUCUAUGCCAAAGAGUUCUCCAAAGCAGGUUGGAAAGUUGUCGCUUGUGAUAAAGAGGAACAUUAUCAAGCAUUGAAAACGUUGCAUGCAGACCUACCAUUUGAGAUUGUUGCUAAUGGCCACUUAGUAUCAAGAGUCAGUGAUUUUAUCAUCUACAGUGUCGAAGCAGAAAGUAUUGAAAAGAUAGUUUCAUUGUAUGGGCCAUCAUCCAAAGUUGGUGCCAUAGUUGGUGGUCAAACUAGUUGUAAAAAUCCUGAAAUUGCGGCAUUUGAAAGACAUUUACCAUUAGAUACUGAAAUUAUUACAGUCCACUCCUUACAUGGUCCUAAAGUUAGCACUGAAGGUCAACCGCUAGUUCUGAUCAAGCACAGAUGUCAACAUGAAGAAUCAUUCCAAUUUGUACAGACUGUAAUGUCGUGCCUCAAGAGUAAAUUUGUGUAUUUGGAUUACGAAGAGCAUGAUAAGAUUACUGCUGAUACUCAGGCAGUCACUCAUGCAGCAUUUCUGAGUAUGGGGGCCGCUUGGGCAAAGUUGAAAGUUUAUCCAUGGAAUAUGGGACUGGAGAAGUGGUACGGAGGUUUGGAAAACGUUAAAGUUAACAUUUCAUUAAGGAUUUAUUCGAAUAAGUGGCAUGUGUAUGCUGGUUUAGCCAUUACUAACCCAGCAGCACAUCAACAAAUAUUACAAUAUGCUACAAGUGCCACUGAGUUAUUCACAAUAAUGCUCGCACACGAUAAGGCAAAACUGGUAGAAAGAUUACAAAAAGCCAAAGAGUUUGUAUUUGGAUCUCAUAAAGGUCUUCUAUUGCUUGAUGAUAAACUACUGGAUAAAUUUUCAUUUUCAGGUUCUCUAGAUAAUGCACAAGGUGAACCAAUACCAAACUCACAUCUUUCGCUGUUGGCAAUAGUAGAUUCAUGGUAUCAACUAGGUAUAAACCCUUACGACCACAUGAUAUGCUCGACACCACUGUUUAGAGUAUUUUUGGGAGUUUCUGAGUACCUUUUCCUAACACCUGAGCUAUUUGAAAAGACGAUCGAUGCCGCCAUCAAUUGUGAAUCAUUCCGUAGAGAUGAUCUGGAAUUUGUGGUAUCCGCUCGUGAAUGGUCUUCUAUUGUAGGAUUUGCAAAUUUUGAAUUGUACCGUAAACAAUUUGAACAAGUUCAAAAAUUCUUUGAGCCUAUGUUCCCCAAAGCUAAUAAAGUUGGUAAUGAGAUGCUGAAGACUAUAGCUAGUCACAGUCAAUAA